CACUACCUGAUAGUCAACAGCAGCCUGCUUCACUACCUGAUAGUCAACAGCAGCACAGUGAAAUUAAUUGAUAAUUUAAAAAAAAGAGAAAUGCCAUUGCAGCCUCGGUGCAAUUUAGUAGUCCAAAAAACGUGCAAUCCGCAAAAUAAUACAUUUUCAUCCGCAACAUCGUUUUCAAGGUUGCCUAAAUUUAGGGGAAACCGCAAACAUGGCAACCUUGUCUGUGCUGCUGGUACUGUAGCUCAACCCACACUGUAAACACAGCCGCUACUCUCGUGAAUAUUAUAUUAGGGGGCGUGUACUUCCAGGUAUGAACUAAACGGAAAAAAAGAAACAUUUGAUACAUAUUGUUGUUACUUGUUUUCUGUUACUAAAUUUGACAACCAUAAACAAGAAAACGAGUCGAUAUCCAAUUUCCGUUUUGGGUACUAGAAAAACUAUACAACAAUUAAUUGACUCUUUUGGCCUUGCCUAGAUGAAAGGAAAUAGGAAUCAUCGAUAAGCAUACAGAACCUUCUUGUCUUGCGUUUGAUAUUUCUGUUGCAAAGCUAUAGACCCUUUUCCAGUACACGACACAUUGACGUCAGGCACAGACUCGUAGGACUCUUGGCACCAGUAAUAAAGCAAUCGCCGUCUGUGCCCAUUCAACAUAACCUAUAUUACUUCUUAACAAAAUAACCUCUUUGGGUGCUCAUAUGCUUACAAUUAUGUUUUGUUUCUUGCUUGAACAGCCCUAAGAUUAUAUUUGGUUGUGAUCUUUGCAAAAUAACUAUUUUGGGCUGCAGUUGUUAGCUAGAAUGGUAACGCUCUUUGAUAUAGCCUAAUUGAUGUAGCCUGUUAGCUAGAAUGGUAACGCUCAUUGAUAUGGCCGGUUCCCCUCUCUCCACUGAGAUUAUCUGCCUCUAACCCUAUUACAGGGGUUGAGUCACUGGCUUACUGGUGCUCUUCCAUGCCGUCCCUAGGAGGGGUGCGUCACUUGAGUGGGUUGAGUCACUGACAUGAUCUUCCUGUCCGGGUUGGCGCCCCCCUCGGGUUUGUGCCAUGGGGGAACUCUUCGUGGGCUAUACUCAGCCUUGUCUCAGGGUAGUAGGUUGGUGGUUGAAGAUAUCCCUCUGGUCGUGUGGGGGCUGUGCCUUGGCAAAGUGGGUGGGGUUAUAUCCUGCCUGUUUGGCCCUGUCCAGGGGUAUCUUCGGACGGGGCCACAGUGUCCCAGACCCCUCCUGUCUCAGCCUCCAGUAUUUAUGCUGCAGUAGUUUAUGUUGGGGGCUAGGGUCAGUCUGUUAUAUUUGGAGUAUUUCUCAUGUCUUAUCUGGUGUCCUGUGUGAAUUUAAGUAUGCUCCCUCUAAUUCUCUCUCUCUUCUCUCGGAGGACCUGAGCCCUAGGACCAUGCCUCAGGACUACCUGUCCUGAUGACUCCUUGCUGGCCCCAGUCCACCUGGUCAUGUUGAUUCUCCAGUUUCAACUGUUCUGCCUUUGGCUAUGGAACCCUGACCUGUUCACUAUGAUUAUUAUUAUCUGACCCUGCUGGUCAUCUAUGAACGUUUGAACAUCUUGGCCAUGUUCUGUUAUAAUCUCCACCCGGCACAGCCAGAAGAGGAAUGGCUACCCCUCAGAGCCUGGUUCCUCUCUAGGUUUCUUCCACUGUGCUAGCCACCGUGCUUCUACAUCUGCAUUGCUUGCUGUUUGGAGUUAUAGGCUGGGUUUCUGUACAGCACUUUGUGACAUCGGCUGAUGUAAAAAGGUCUUUAUGAAUACAUUUGAUUGAUUGAUUGUAGCAAAAGCUAGCCUUAGAGCCAUUUUACUGGUGGAAGUAGAAGUGUUUUUUAAGUGUAAUGCAGUUGAUUUGCAAUGAUGACACAAACAUUGUAUUAAGCAGGACAUUCAUACGAGCCUUAAAAUCCAAUUCAAAUCCAAAGAGUAUUGUGAAAUGCACUCAUAAGCAACAUGUAAAUAGAGGCUUCUUUUUCUGGCAUUCUAUAAGAACUGCCCUAUUGCUCUGCCACCAACUUGAAAGGGCUCUACGUUAAUUGCGUUUGAUAAGUUUAAACUUGUGAUGGCAUGUUUCAUUCUUAUUUUACACAAUGUGAAUGUUGGUCGUAGCCUGGCGGUUAAGAGCGUUGGGUUAAUAACUGAAAGGGUGCUGGAUCGAAUCCCCGAGCUGACUAUGUGAAAUAUCUACAAAUGUGUCCUUGAGUAAUGCGCUUAACCCCAGUCGCUCUGGAGACGAGAGUCUGUUCAGUCACGUAAAAUGUGUCGCUUCUCUGCUAUGUGUAACCUUUAAUUAACUAGGCAAAUCAGGGUGUGGGUGUUUCCUCUGGAAUUGACACAUUUACGACUUGACAGACAGGGAUGGAGAAGAGAACAGCGCCCCCGUCGAGCAGCAUCAUACAGUACGAGACCGUGACAGACCGACUGCAGUCAGUCCAGCAACUGGGACAGCAGUGUGUCGUUCUUAAACUUCCAUUGACGGCAGAAAAACAGCUUUUUUUGUGUGUGCUUUGACAGACGUGAUGAGCGGCAGGGUUGGCGACCUCAGCCCGAAGCAGGCUGGGGCAUUGGAAGAGUUUCGAGAGAGGAUUCAGGACGUUCUUCCACUACUUCCUGCUCAUCAUGACCACUUCCUGUUGCGCUGGCUCAGAGCCAGGAACUUCAAUGUCAACAAAUCAGAGGCCAUGCUGAGAAAGCACCUUGACUUCAGGAAACACAUGAACGCAGACACAAUCACCACACAAUGGCAGCCUCCAGAGGUGAUAGAGAAGUACCUGUCAGGUGGGAUGUGUGGGUACGACCGUGAGGGAAGCCCCAUCUGGUGGGAUGUCAUCGGCCCCGUGGACCCCAAGGGCCUCUUCCUGUCAGCGUCUAAACAGGACUUCAUCAAGUCUAAGAUCAGAGACUGUGAGAUUCUACAGAAGGAGUGUGAGCUGCAGUCUGAGAGGUUGGGGAGGCAUGUUGAAGCCAUCACUAUGAUCUAUGACUGUGAUGGUCUGGGUCUCAAACAUUUAUGGAAGCCUGCCAUCGAGACUUACGGAGAGAUCCUGACCAUGUUUGAAGACAAUUACCCAGAGGGCCUCAAGAGACUGUUUGUCAUCAAAGCCCCUAAGCUUUUCCCUGUGGCUUACAACCUCAUCAAGCACUUCCUGAGUGAGAUCACCCGCAACAAGAUCAUCAUCCUGGGGGCCAACUGGCAGGAGGUGUUGUUGAACUACAUAGACCCGGAGCAGCUUCCUGCCGCGUACGGAGGGAAACUCACCGACCCUGACGGGGACCCUCGCUGUAGGAACAAGAUCCACUACGCAGGGCCGGUACCUGCUUCCUACUUCGUGAGGGAGUCAGUGAAGGUGGAUUAUGAACAGUGUCUGACAGUCAGCCGAGGCUCCUCACAGCAACUGGAGUAUGAGAUACUCUUCCCUGGCUGUGUGCUCCGGUGGCAGUUUUCCAGUGAUGGGGCAGACAUCGGCUUUGGGGUGUUUAUGAAGGGUAAGAUGGGGCAGAGGCAGAACGCAUCGCAGAUGCAGGAGGUGGUUCCCAGCCAGAGAUACAAUACCCACCUGGUGCCUGAGGACGGCUCUCUCACCUGCAGCGAGCCUGGAAUCUAUGUGCUGCGGUUUGACAACACCUACAGUAUCUUCCAGUCCAAACGCAUUAGCUUUACUGUCGAGGUCCUGCUCCCCGGCCAAUCGCAGUCUCUGAAGAAAAUGAUUGGGAUGGAAUCUGGGGCCAGCAACCAAUCACAGUCCCUGAAGAACAGGAGUCUGUCAGAAUCUGUGGCUAGCAGCCAAUCACAGUCUCUGAAAAAUAGGGGUGGGUCAGAAAGGGGGGUUAGCAGCCAUUCGCAGUCUCUGAAAAACAGGGGUGGGUCAGAAAGGGGGGCUAGCAGCCAAUCGCAGUCUCUGAAAAACAGGGGUGGGCCGGAAUCUGGGGCCAGCAGCCAAUCGUGACAGACGUUACUGAGUUGCUAAUCUCUCGUGGACAGAUUCUCGUGGACAGAUGAAACGGGCAAGAAUCUGUCAAGGCUCACGUAGAAUUAUGUGAUUACAAGCAGCAGUAGCUCUUCGUUUUGGGUUUACGUCAUUGAUUAUUUGGACAAAUCAGGAUUGGGUGAAGGCGGUGCUUAAACUGGUGCAGAGAUUUUCAAGCCUGUGUGCAGAUGAUAAACGGUUUCCACUAGAUUCCACAGCCACAAAGUCAAAAUCAAAUUAUUUUUUUCCCCAUGAUCAACACUGGUGAAAUUAGGUUUGUCUGAGAGUUUCCGUUUGGGAAGGAGGAGACUUCGCUUCCUUUGCACAAAGUUAAUCAGAAUUGUCCCCCCCCCCCCCC